GGAAAGCCACCAUGGGCAGCGCCGUAUCCUCCGACGUCAUCGGCAACACGGACGAUGCAAUCUUGGUCAACAUCUUAAAGGAGGCCAUGAAGAAGGACCCGGCGCGUGUCGACCGCCUCAUCGCCGAGGCCAAGAGCGCGGUCCGCGCCGACUCGUAUGGCAGCGUCGCGGAGCCCAACGUAGCAGUCGACGCCAAGUCGCCCGAAGCGACGCUCGACACGAUGGCGGUGAGCGUUGCCGCCGAGAUCAACGCGCUGCGCACCAACCCCAAGGGCUUUAUCGCGCACUGCGAAGAGAUGCUCAAGCACUUUGACGACAAGAUCCUCACGAUUCCAUCUGAAGGCAUUCGAUUGCAGACUGACGAAGGCGCGACCGCCGUCCAAGACUGCAUCGCGUUCCUCAAGCAACAGACGGCGCUGCCACCACUUAUGCUUGAUGGCAAUCUGUCCAAGGCUGCGCAAGACCAUGCAGCAGACCUCGGGGACCAUGGCACCGUGAGCCAUACGGGCCAAGACGGCAGCUCGAUGGUCCAGCGCCUUGACCGAUACGGCGAGUGGAAGGGCUCCGUGGGCGAGCUGCUGGCAUUUGGGCUCUCCAAGCCGCGCAACAUCGUGCUGCAGCUACUCAUCGACGACGGCGUCCCGAGCCGCGACGACCGCACGAGCCUUCUCGACGCCAAGUUUACAACGCUCGGCGUUGGUACGAGUGUGCACAAGUUUCAAAAGUCGGUGUGCGUCCUCGACUUUUCCGGCGGGUUUGGGCCUCUUGUCGAGAAGCUCAAGGAGCCCAAGCAAGUGUCGGUCAAGGGCGAAUUGACGCCGGACGUCGAGCUCAUUUUACAGAGCAUUCCGUUCGAAGAGCUCAAGAUCGAAGUCCGCGACAUCCUCGCGCACUCGCCGACACAAACCGUCGGCCUCAACUACAAACCCGGCUCGAUUGAGGUGACGGUGACGAACCCAGAUGGCUCGAGCCAAAUCAAGUCGGGCACGUGGGGUGUCGCUGCGCCGCCGUCGUCGUCGUGAUCCUUCGAGAUGUAGAGUGCGACACUAGUCAACGAAGAACGAACGUCGUUUGGACGCCGACUGUGUACGACUGCGGAUGACGUGUCUACUGGGCGAAGAAACGUGCC